AUGGCCACUUCAAUAAUUAAGCUGCACACGUUCUCAGGUGCUGGUGAUACCUACCCCCCAUGUUUUAUACUCCAAGUUGAUGAUUUUUAUUGCCUCCUUGAUUGCGGAUGGUCGGAGAAUUUGCCAAGGUCUCGCAUCACCGAGGUAGGCAAGUGGGCGAAGAAGAUUGGUGCAGUUUUGAUCAGUCACCCAAGUAUGAGGCAUCUGGGUCUUCUCCCUGUUCUCGUCGGAAAAUAUGGCCUUAAAUGUCCGGUGUAUUCCACCACUCCAGUCUGCAAACUCGGUCAGCUCUUUUGUUACGAUGAGUUUCAAUCUCGUUUCCUUUCGGAGGACUUUUCACUCUUCUCUUUGGAUGACAUUGAUGAAGCUUUCGAACUGUUUAUUCAAGUCAAGUACUCUCAAACUAUUAAUUUGCAGGGAAAGGGCCGCGGACUUAGCGUUACGCCACUACCUUCUGGUCAUAUGCUGGGUGGCACUAUUUGGAAAGCGGUCAAAGAUGAGACUGAUAUCAUAUACGCAAUCGACUUUAACAAUGAAAAGAGUCGUCAUCUGAAUGGAGCCGCCUUUGACGCUUGUAUUCGCCCACGGUUGCUUAUAAUCGACGUAUCGAAUGCGCUAUACGCUCACGUAGGACGUAAAGACCGUAACGAGGCUUUGCGUCACUUGCUCCUCAAGACACUGCGUCGUGGCGGGAAUGUCUUAGUUGCUGUAGACACUGCAGGAUACUGCUUGGAGAUCGCAAAUAUGCUGGAAAGUCUCUGGCACAGUCCAGAGUCGGGAUUCAUGGCAUAUGGGCUGGCAAUGCUCUCACACGUGGGGUAUAGUGUCUUCGAUUUCACAAAAUCUUUGGUUGAAUGGAUGUCGGAAAGGAUUUUACGGUCCUUUGAAGAUCAGCGUUGCAACCCGUUUCAUUUGCGGCAUAUGCAACUGUGCCACACACUUGACCAACUGGAUUGUGUAUCUAAUCCAAAGGUCAUCCUGGCCACUGAUGCGGGCCUGCGAACAGGAUUUGCUCGUCUCCUCUUUGCCGACUGGGCAGACAACGAGUUGAACUCAGUGGUUAUCACCUCCAGGGACGGUGACUUUCGCGAAGCAAGUGAUCUCUUUACCCUCCUUCAGAAGCAGCAAUCAAAUGAACCUGACGUCUCCUUGGCUCGACGUCUCAUUGGCCUGAGUCGAGGGGAGAAAUGGGCACGUGAAGGCCUUGCUAUCGCAGCUGCCGACACCCUCCUCAUACCUCUUGAUCUUUCUCAACGUGUGCCUGUUAUCGAGGACACUGGUGCAAGAGAGGUAGAAGGAGAAAAAGGAAGUUCCGAGGCUGGACCAGGGCGGUCUUCAGUUGUGGAGACGACAUUAGCUCAGUCGAAGGGCUCCAGCACCGGAGCUGCAAACCAAUUUCGUAACUUCAGUAAAUCGGAGGUUUUUGACCCAAUUGAUGAACUCGACAACAGCGAAGAUGACACCGAGGACGAAGAUGAUGAAAUCAGUGCUGGUCAGCCACAUGUAUCCUCAUCUACACCUGGCGGUGGUUUAGGCGGCAAUGUCUUCUACAACCAACCAUAUAGUCUCCUUCCAAGCAAUAGUGGAUCACUCACUCAUGGUCGCCACAUGGCCUGUUAUGACAUUUUUCCGGGUGCUCAACUCCACUCUGGCGGACAAUUUUUUCGCUCCACUAAGCGGACUCAACCGGUCUUUCCUGUCACUGAGCGGGUUGUUCAGUGGGACGAGUACGGCGAGAAGAUUGAUACGAACAUCUAUCGCAUGUCAGCUGAGGUCGGUGGGCCCGAGAGCACCAAGAAUCGAAGUCAGCGUUCGGCCACUUCUAAUAUUGGCAGAAGU